AAUCGCCCGGGAAACCGCUCCUGCCACUUCACCACCGCACAGCGAGCUCGCCGCGGAGAGCUUUCGCCGGAGAGGUAGACGACGACGGCGACGACAGUGUCACGUGCUCACGUUCAUGGUGGCGGCGGUGCGCGCGCCGGUGAAGCCGGAGAUGGUGGAGCUCUCGCCGGCGGCGAUGGAGAGGUACUCCUCCGACGCCGACACGACGGCGCCGAACUCGAGCCUUAGCUCGGCGGCGAGCAGCACGGGGAGCCUCGCGCGGUGCUCGAGCCUGUCGCGCCUGUCGUUCGACUGCUCGCCGUCGGCCGCCGUGGCGGCGGCGGCGACGUCGUGCUCGCCGCCGCGGGCGUCGGUGCUGUUGCGGCCGCACAGGUCCGGCGACGUCGCGUGGGCGGCCAUCCGCGCGGCUUCGACGACCUCCGCGGCGCCGCUAGGCCCGCGGGACUUCAAGCUCGUGCGGCGCAUCGGCGGCGGCGACAUCGGGACGGUGUACCUGUGCCGCCUCCGGAGCUCGCCGGAGAGGGAGAGCCCGUGCAUGUACGCGAUGAAGGUGGUGGACCGGAGGGCGGUGGCGAGGAAGCAGAAGCUGGGGCGCGCGGCGGCGGAGAAGCGGAUCCUGCGGCAGCUGGACCACCCCUUCCUCCCCACCCUCUUCGCCGACUUCGACGCCACGCCGCACUUCUCCUGCGCCGUCAUGGAGUUCUGCCCCGGCGGCGACCUCCACUCCCUCCGCCACCGCAUGCCGUCCCGCCGCUUCCCGCUCCCCUCCGCCCGCUUCUACGCCGCCGAGGUGCUCCUCGCCAUCGAGUACCUCCACAUGAUGGGCAUCGUCUACCGCGACCUCAAGCCCGAGAACGUCCUCAUCCGCGCCGACGGCCACAUCAUGCUCACCGACUUCGACCUCUCGCUGCAGUCCACCACCUCGCCGUCUCUCGACGGCGACACCGACACCGACGACGAGGCCAGCGGUGGCGCGUCCUGCUUCCCGGACCACCUCCUCCGGUUCAAGCGGCGGCGGAACGCCGUGGCGGCGCCGCGUCCGCGGUUCGUGGCGGAGCCGGUGGAUGCGAGGUCGUGCUCGUUCGUGGGGACGCACGAGUACGUGGCCCCCGAGGUGGCGAGCGGCGGCGCGCAUGGCGCGGCCGUGGACUGGUGGGCGUACGGGGUGUUCCUCUACGAGCUCAUCUACGGCCGUACGCCGUUCGCCGGCGCUACAAACGAGGCGACGCUCCGCAACAUCGUCCGCCGCCCGCUCGCCUUCCCCUCCGGCUCCGGCUCGUGCGGUCCCGCCGACGCCGACGCGCGCGACCUCAUCGCCCGCCUCCUCGCCAAGGACCCCGCCGCCCGCCUCGGCUCCCGCCGCGGCGCCGCCGACGUCAAGUCCCACCCCUUCUUCAAGUCCCUCAACCUCGCCCUCCUCCGUUCGUCGCGCCCGCCCGUCGUCCCCGGCGCCGGCGCCGGCGCCGCGCCGCUACACCGGUCGCAGUCGUGCAAGGCGGCGCCGACAACGCCGCCGCCGCCGACGACGACGAAGCCGGCGAACGCCACCGCGCGGUUCGACCUCUUCUGAGCAUAUUGACCGUUGCUGUCUGCUACUACCUACCCGCGUCGUCGCCGACAUCGCCGGCGGGAGACACGCUCCGGCCACCGUGACAUUAAUUUCUCGUUGACCCUUAGCUACCGCGUUGAAUGUACACACUGUUAAUUAAUUACUACUCCUAGUUAAUCACUGCUAAUCACCUUGCUGUUAGUACUACUAAACUAAUAUAAUCUAGUGGCUUAAUUAA